GUGGGUUGGGUGAGGAGGGGGCAGCCUCCCCGAUGGAGAGGCCCUGCAUGUGUCCAGUCCCUGAUUUAGAGGAGCUGAGGGUAGCAGGUCCUUACACGGGACCAGGCGUGUUCCCCUCCCCCUAAGCUUCCUGCCCCCUGCCCCCUGACCCAUCUGAUCUGACCAAGGACAGCACCAGGAAGCAGAGAGGUCCAGAGAAGCAGAAGUAGGGAUAGGAAGGGCCUGUCUGAGGAGGUCUGACCCUGUCCCUGUCUGGGUCCUGGCCCUGCUGCAGGUGCCAUCCCUGCUGGGGAAAUGAGCCCGAGGGGCAGGGCUGGGUGGCUGCCUUCAGCUCUGCUGCUGCUCCAGGUCCCAGGCUGUUUGUCCUUGAGUGGCCCGAGCAGAGUUACGGGCAUCGUGGGGGGAUCGCUGAGCGUGGAGUGUCGGUACCGGGAGGAAUUCAUAAACAAUUCCAAAUACUGGUGCAAAUUCCCGUGUGUGUUAUUGUGGAAGAUCGUGGAGACCAGAGAGUCAGAGAGAGAAGUGAGGAGGGGCCGCGUGUCCAUCAGAGACCAUCCUGCGAGCCUCACCUUCACAGUGACCUUGGAGAGCCUCAGAGAGGAGGUUGCGGGAACGUAUGGAUGUGGGAUUGAUGUGCCAUUUUCAAUUAACCCCACCUUCCAGGUGGAAGUGUCUGUGAUCCCAGUCACUAUGACAACCACCAGCCCCGAGAGGUCCAUAAGCACCCCAGAGUCUCCCACGACCCUGCCAGUGCCCACCUGGAGCACCGUGUCUGGGCCUGAGACCCCUGAUCCCAGCCAAGCUCAUCGGUCCCUGCUGGGCAGCGUCCACUUCCUGCUCCUGGUCUUCCUGAAGGUGCCCCUGCUCCUGGGCCUGCUCGGUGCCGUCCUCUGGGUCAACAGGCCUCUGAGGAGCUCUGCAGACAGGCGGAGUCGGUCCAUUUAUGAGAACCAGUAACCCUCAUGUUCAUCGUGUCCUCUUCGAUGAUGCAGUCGGACCACUGGAUGGAAACGAACUCCUGUCCAUCUGUCCUGUAUCACACUCUACCACUCUCUCAGAAUACUGUCUUUGUAGAUUUCCUUGUAGCGUUCUUUCCUUGCCCAUCAUUCUCUGAAACCAAAAGCACACCUCCUCAAUAGGUGCUUCUGAACUGUGACCACAGAUCAAUAACCAGUUCAGAGCUUCCAGCUCAUCUGCGGAGCAUCACUCAUUCACUGAACUCUCAGGGGCCCUCUCUGCAGUCUUCAAACCCCAGGAGUGUGGGAACCUUGCUUUUGGAUCUGUUUCGAUGGAUCCAGGCAGUUCCAUGGUUUCCCACAUAAUCACCCACUCUCCAUAGGUCUCCCUCCCUCCACAUGAUCACCCACCCUCCACAGGUCUCGGAUCCACUGUGGGGAAUCCUCCAGUUGCUGAUUGUGUCUAUUUAAUUAGGCAUUCUAAAGCUCAGGAAACAACAAUGCAGAGAGUCGAUGGUCCACAGGGCCAGCAUGCACGGGACCUGAAUCAAGACUCCAUUCUGCACGAACCUUCACACCCCACUGUUCUGUCCAAUGGACCGAAGGACCAUGUGGGAUUCUCCAAUUGGUGUCAAUUCAGAGCAGAAUCCAGCAUUGCAUGGAAAAUCAGAUUAUUCCCUUCCCCAUGCCCAGUCAAACUGGUUAGUGUGUUUAGGUCCUUUGUGGAUGGCUGGUAGAAAAUAACAGUAUGAAAUUUAUGCAACUA